CCCCCACGUUGCAAAUUGCAAUCUCAUCUCUCUCUCUCUCUCUCUCUCUCUCUCUCUCUGAUCCGAUUGUACUGCAGUCGCAUCGACCACUAAGCGAUGACCAGCUUGUUCUUCCUCUUUCAGAUCCACUGUUAGCUUCCGAUUAAGGUUUCAGAUUUUUAGGAGAUAAUUCAUAUCAUGGCACCGGGAAAACACUCUAAGGUUGAUGGCAGAAAAUCUACCAACAAUUACUGUUCUACGGUAACACUGGUGGCUUUUGUGGCUCUCUGCUUGGUCGGCGUAUGGAUGAUGACUUCAUCCUCUGUUGUCCCUCUUCAAAGUUUAGGCACUACACAAAAUAACAAGAAUGAAGUUAGAACAGUAAUAACUAAGAGCUAUGAUACCGAAGAUAGCAAUGAUGAGAACAGUUCAAACGAUGAUGGGACUUCAACUCCUGAUAACAGCAAUUCGAAACAGUUCGAGGAUAAUCCUGGGGAUUUACCUGAGGACGCAACAAAAGGAGAUAGCAGUUCACAACAGGACAAAAGCAAUCCUGUUAACAAUUCUAAAGAGGACACAGAGAUACAUCAAGAAGAGAAAGUUACCAACUCAGAAGAUGCAUCAACAACUAAAACUGCAAAUGAAAAUGAAAAGGGAGAUGCAGAAUCUAAACCAGAGGAUGGGGAGCUUAAAGAUGAGGAGACAAGAGGCGAUGGUGAUAGAAACAAUUCUGGAGGACAAGAAAACCAUGAAGAGGGUAAGGAAGAAAAGGAGGUAAAACAGGAUAGAGAGGACAAAGUUGAUGCUCCGUCAAUUGAGACAUUGCCUGCUGGGGCCCAGUCAGAGCUUUUGAGUGAAACAUCCGUUCAAAAUGGAUCAUUUUCAACUCAGGCAACAGAGUCAAAGAAUGAAAAGGAGGGGCAUAAGUCACCAGAACCUGAGAAAAAUAAUGGGUACCAUUGGAAACUUUGCAAUGUGACUGCUGGGUCCGAUUUUAUUCCAUGCCUUGAUAACUUGCAAGCAAUUAAGAGCCUUCGAUCCACUAAGCAUUAUGAACACAGGGAAAGGCACUGUCCAGAGAACCCUCCUACAUGCCUCGUUCCUCUACCUGAAGGAUACCAACGCCCAAUAGAGUGGCCUACAAGUAGGGAAAAGAUAUGGUACCAUAAUGUUCCUCACACUAAGCUGGCAGAACUUAAGGGACACCAAAACUGGGUGAAAGUUACCGGUGAAUUCCUUACGUUCCCUGGUGGUGGAACUCAGUUUAAGCAUGGCGCCCUCCAUUACAUUGAUUUCAUACAAGAAAUUGUGCCUGAGAUUGGGUGGGGAAAACGGUCACGUGUAAUAUUGGAUGUUGGAUGUGGGGUUGCUAGCUUUGGAGGAUUUCUCUUUGAUAGAGAUGUUCUGACCAUGUCUUUAGCUCCAAAAGAUGAACAUGAAGCUCAGGUUCAGUUUGCACUUGAGAGGGGAAUACCUGCCCUAUCGGCUGUGAUGGGUACACAGAGACUUCCUUUUCCUGGUAGAGUUUUCGAUAUUGUGCACUGUGCCCGCUGCAGAGUUCCAUGGCAUAUUGAAGGCGGUAAACUUCUCUUGGAGUUGAAUCGUCUAUUACGACCUGGUGGUUUCUUCGUCUGGUCUGCUACUCCUAUCUAUCAGAAACUUCCAGAAGAUGUCGGGAUUUGGGAAGCAAUGACAAAGUUAACGAAGUCAAUGUGCUGGGAGGUGAAGGGAGUUGGCAAGGACAAAAUAAACAAAGUGGGUGUGGCUGUAUAUCAGAAGCCCAUGUCUAAUGAAUGCUAUGAAGGAAGAUCACAAAAUGAGCCUCCACUCUGCAAAGAAUCGGAUGAUCCAAAUGCUGCCUGGAAAGUACCUUUGCAAGCAUGCAUGCACGAGGUACCUGUUGCCGCACCAGUGCGUGGGUCCCGGUGGCCCGAGCAAUGGCCAUCAAGGGUGGAAAAAUCACCAUACUGGUUGUUGUCAUCCCAGGUUGGUGUUUAUGGGAAAGCAGCACCCGAGGAUUUCACUGCAGACUUUGAACACUGGAAACGUGUGGUCACCAAAUCGUAUAUGAAUGGCUUAGGGAUAAAUUGGUCAACAGUGAGGAAUGUGAUGGACAUGAGAGCUAUAUAUGGAGGAUUUGCAGCUGCUUUAAAAGACAAGAACAUUUGGGUGAUGAACGUGGUCUCAGUUGAUUCUCCGGAUACACUACCCAUAAUAUAUGAGCGAGGACUAUUUGGAAUAUAUCAUGACUGGUGCGAAUCAUUCAGCACAUACCCAAGAUCUUAUGAUCUUCUCCAUGCAGACCAUCUAUUCUCCAAGAUCAAAAAUAAAUGUAAUAUGACGGCUUUGGUUGCGGAGGUGGAUAGGAUCUUGCGACCCGAAGGGAACCUAAUUGUUCGUGAUACAGUAGAGACCAUCAAUGAAGUGGAGAACAUGUUGCGGUCCAUGAAUUGGGAAGUCCGGUUAACCUACUCAAAGGACAAGGAAGGAUUGCUAUGCGUGCAAAAGAGCAUGUGGAGGCCCGUAGAGGUAGAAACCAUCCCGUAUGCCGUCGGUUAAAAGAGGUAACAUAUGUUCUUUUCGAAUUGGUGUUCUUGUAUCAUAGUAUUUUAGCCGGUUAGCGCUUGUUCUUGAUUACGAGGUGGAGUUUAAGUUGUGGGUAUUGUGGUCUGAUUGUAGGAGAUGCUACGUAACGUUUAUUUUUAAAACUGCAUGCAUUCGUUGGAGAGGGCUUCAUGUUGGAAUUAGACAUGCAAAUUUUGAGUGUAUUUUCUUGGAAUUUUGUUUUAAGCUGUCUUAUUAGUUAUUAGGGUUUUUAUAAUCUUAUUGCUUUUAAUUAUAGCUUUUUUAAUAUAGUUAUCUGUACUGAUGAUACUUUUCUAUCA